CAGAAUACAGUGUCGAUCUCCGUAUCAUAAAGUUUUUGAUUUGUCAAACAAAAAGCAUUCUGAUUUUGCCGAUGCCGAUGUGUAUAGCCGAUGAAUAGUCAAUUUAAAUUACAAAUAAAGUGACAGAAACAUAAAAUAAAAAGGCUGCCGUCCUAAGUGGUCAACGAUGCUGUUGCCGAUAUUUUGUGCGCUCAUAUGCGCGGCGGUUGGGCAUAUCGAUAAGGAUUCUCCUCCACAAUGGAACCCUGUGUACACAGUUAAGGGUCUUCUGUACAUUCCUUAUGCAGAAUUACGGGAGCCAUUUUAUACUUGGUAUGACAGCAAGGCGGGUAAAUCUCGCAUCGACUACUAUGGCACUAUGGUCAAGACUUACCAGUUCGCCGCCUCGGCCUACAAGCCUUACGGUACAUCUAUUAAGAUUGCCCCCGUGACCACGGAAGAGGUUCUGAACCAGCAGACCUGCUUGCAAGUCAACGGCUCGCAGAACUAUGAAAUUGAAAUACAGGCGGUGCUCCCGAACAUGAAGGACUUCAAGUUUAUUGGAACCGAAACGAUGCAAGACUCGGACACAGCUAAAUGGCAGAUGGUGACGACAAUAGGUCAGAAGCUGAACAAAUACACGAUGUGGGUGAAGUACAGGAAGUCGCUCAAAGUCAAGGGAGAGUCCAUACCUAUACCAGUCAGAUACGAGAUGAAAGGCUACAACUCGCUCCUGGGCUCGCACUACGACCACUACUACAUCGAGUACACGGACUAUGACGUCGAGGAGAUUGACCCCGAGGUGUUCACCAUCGACGCGUCCAUGCAGUGCUCAUCGUUCCCGGGCCCCGGUAACCGCCACUACGCCACCUUCAACCCUAUGAUGGAGUUCAUGCAUCCCGCCAACGAGGAACAUGUACACCAUGAGUUUGCCAGGUUUAAGAAGAAGCACGGCAAAGAAUAUGUUACCGACGUCGAGCACGAGAAGAGACUGAACAUCUUUAGACAGAACUUAAGAUUCAUCCACUCGCACAACCGCGCGCGGCGUGGCUUCUCCCUGGCCGUGAAUCACCUCGCGGACCGCAGCGACACCGAGCUGGCCGCGCUGCGCGGGAGGCGCUACAGCGGACCUAACAGCGGGCUCCCGUUCCCGUACAGCGAGUCCCUGAUCCGGGCGGAGGCUGACAAGCUGCCCACAGAACACGACUGGAGGCUGUUCGGGGCUGUCACGCCCGUUAAAGACCAGUCCGUGUGCGGGUCGUGCUGGUCGUUCGGUACGUCUGGCGCGGUGGAGGGCGCGCUGUUCCUCAGUAACGGCGGACAGCUGGAGAGGCUCUCGCAGCAGGCGCUCGUCGACUGCUCCUGGGGUUUCGGUAACAACGGCUGCGACGGCGGCGAGGACUUCAGAGCCUACCAGUGGAUCAUGAAGCACGGCCUGCCCACUGAGGAGGCCUACGGCGGGUACUUGGGACAGGACGGCUACUGUCACAUGGACAACGUGACUAUCGCGACUAAGAUCAAGGGCUGGGUGAACGUGACCACCAACAAUGAAAACGCACUCAGGUUGGCGAUCUUCAAGCACGGCCCUAUUUCCGUGGCCAUCGACGCCGCGCACAAGACAUUCAGCUUCUACUCGAACGGUGUCUACUACGAGCCCGAAUGCCACAACAAGGUCGAGGAGUUGGACCACGCGGUCCUGGCCGUGGGCUACGGGAUCCUCAAGGGUCAGAAGUACUGGCUCAUCAAGAACUCGUGGUCCAACAUGUGGGGCAACGACGGAUACGUGCUCAUGUCCACGAGGGACAACAACUGCGGGGUCCAAGCAGCGCCCACUUACGUCUUAAUAUAGAUUAAAUAAGAUAGGCCGGAGAAUAGACUGGGUCUAGAGUUGGAUUAAACAGAUCGGUCACCGGUGCCCGAUAGGCAUGUCGGUCACGGGCGACCGAUGGAUACUAUCUAGUAGAUCGGUUAGUCUUACAAAAGCUAAGGUAAAUAAUUUAUGGCUGCAUCAUCUUAUUUUGAAGUUCCUAUGGCUACCUUAUAAAGUACAUAUCAAUUAAAAAUCAUUAAUCAUGUAGAACUUCUCUAAAGUUUAAAAAUGUUGUUAUGACAAUAUGGCCGAUAUCACUCUGUUAAAUAUUUAUAAUUCUUUACGAAAUCUUAAAGAAUCUCUCCUAUCAGUGACAUCAAACUUAGCAAUUAUCUAAUAAACUCCCAGUCUAAUCUCCAUGAUAAGUAGAAUAUAAGACAAAAAUUAAAUUAAGUUACUCAAGUUUUAGAACAGGGUUUGUUUCGGACACCGGUGGCCACCCGACACUUUAAGUAAGACAUAUACUAGAUAUAAAGCAUCGCUCUACGCUUUGUAGCGCGCUUUCUUGCUUCAGCAACCAGUAAACUACAAAACUAUGUUAUAAAUAAUGGUAGGCCGACCAAUUUUCAUAUAAUAUCAUUCCAAUAAAACAGUCUUCUACAGUGAUACACGUUCACAUGGUUGAAGGUCAUGCGAUCGUUAACUUCACGAAACUACCUAAAUUCAUGUACUAACCAUAGUAAAACAAAUAAAAAAAUAAAGGGUUACAGAACGAAAACUGAAAACUUACGUUUUUAGUUAUCAAAAUCAGUCCAGCCGUUUCUAUAGUUGUAAAUUGCAUCGGCAUAAUUGUUAUCCUGUAUGAAGCUACCCUGAAAAUUCCAGCUUGCUAGCUUAUUGGGAAGUGCCUUAAAAUUGAUUGAGAUAAUCAAUCUACAAAUCUUAAUCGAAUCCAGUGAUUUCUAAUAGGCAGCAUUGAUAUUUGUUUUUCGAAUCUCAAGAUAUUAUGUAAUACUUUGUGUUUUAUACAAACAAUACGCCCCAAUAUUUGAAACUAAUAUUCCAGACAUGGUUGUCCGCGUCCUAACAUUGUCGACGCUGUUUUAGUACAUAAAUGAAGAAUUGCAAGAACUGUGUAUGAUUAAUAAUGUUGCUUUCAUUUGAAAGAGGAGCAAUUUGUUUGAAAUGUAAUAAAAUACUCUUUAUGCGAGAUUCUAAUAGCUGUGUAGCUUAGCUCUCUUGUAAAAAGUAAUACAUUUUUUAUAAUAA